AUGUCAGAUGUAAGAGAUAUUUUAGUUGGAGUAUCUAGUGCAGUUGGUAAUAAAGUUGAUAAUACAUCAACAGCAGUUGAAUCAAUUUUAACAAAUUCAAAUACAACACCAAAACGACCACCUAAAGAUACACCAAAGACAACAAUGGAGAAAUUACAACAAACUUUAAAGAAUUUAGAGGGAGAAACAUUAACAUUUGCUCCAUCGACUUUAACCAAAUCAGGAUUAAAAGAAAAAAGAAAAAUUAAAACCAAUUGGGAUAGAAAAGGAUUUAGAAACAAUUCAAGACCAAACAAUGAUGGUUUAGUAUUAUAUCAUUGGGUUAAAUCUACAGCCAAUGAAAAGGCAACAUCAAUCGAUUAUAAAUUUUCAAAAUUCAAUAAAAAAAUGGAGAUAUUAUUCUAUAAUGAAGAAGAGUAUGAUUUAUAUUUACGUGAUGAAAAGUGGUCCAGAGAAGAUACUGAUCAAUUAUUAGAAUUAUGUAAAAGAUAUGAUACAAGAUUCAUUAUUAUAGCUGAUAGAUUUGGUGAAAAUAAUAUAAAUAAUAAUAAUAACAAUACAUCAAAAAAAACAGUUGAAGAAUUAAAAGAAAGAUAUUAUAGAAUUCAAUCUAAAUUAAUUGAACUUCGUACAAAAGCAGAGGAAGAUCCAUUUCAAAAUCCUUUAACAACUUAUAUAUUCAAUAAAGUUUAUGAAACUGAAAGAAAAAUACAAAGUGAUAAACUUUUUCAUCUCUCAAAAGAAGAGGUUGCAGAGGAGGAACAAUUGGUUGAAAAAUAUAAUAGUAUUGAAAAUCAUCUUUUAAAACAUAGUAAAGAGAGUAAAUCAAUUUUAAAAAUAUCUCAAAUUGCAACUUCAAAUGGUCCUUUAAAACAUUAUUCACCAAAUGAUUUAUUAAGAGGUAAUAAUCAAUCUUCAAAUACAAUUUCAUCUUCAAAUAGUAUAAAUUCAUCUUCUUCAUCAUCGUCAUCAUCAUCUUUAAAUAAAAAGAAUAAAAGAAAACAUUCAGAAAUUGAAAUAACAGAAUCAAAUAAAGAUAAAAUAGAAUUAAAUAAUAAUAAUAAUAAUGAUAGUAAUAAUAGUAAUGGUAUUGGUGGUAAUGAGGAGAAUGCACAAAUUACAAUGAAUUCUAGACAAGGUGCUAGAAUUGAAUCAACAUUAUUUGAUCUUCAUAUUGGCAGACCACAAAAUAAUUUCUCAAAGUUAUAUUAUAAUGAUUUGAAAGAGGAUAUUUUAAUUUUAUUAGAUCUUCAAAAAUAUUUUAUGGAAAAACGUUAUCAUUGUGAAAUUUUAAAAUCACAAAAAGAACAUUUAGAGAAAGAAAUUGAGGCAUUAACUUUAACUAUACCUGCUGAAGCUUUAGCAUUACAUGUUGAUGAAGAAAAUGAAACAAUUCAAAAUAAUACAGAUUCUGAAACUAGUAGUUCUUCAUCAAGUCGUCAUCAUCAUCAUUCUUCUUCAUCAUCAUCUUCUUCAAAUCGUCAUAAUCAUCAUAGUUAUUCACAUCAUCAAACUCAUAGUCAUAAUAAUAAUAUUAUUAAUAACAAUAAUAAUAAUAAUAAUAUUAAUAAUAAUAUUAAUAAUAAUAAUAAUAACAAUAAUAUUAAUAUUAAUAAUAUUAAUAAUAAUACAAUAACGCACCAUAAUUCAGAUAAAUCAUUAUCAGGAUUAUCGUCAUCAUCAUCAUCAUCAUCAUCAUCAUCAACAACAACAACAACAACAACAACAACACCAUUUCAAAUUUAUAGUGGAUCAUUCCCAGAGAAAUCAAAAGAAACAAUUACACCAUCAACAGAGAAACCAUCAUCAAAAUCACAUAAGAAAUCACAUAGUGGUGGUGGUAGUCAUUCAACAACACCAACCACACCUUCAUCAAAUAGUGGUGGUAGUACCACUAAUAAUACUACUACUAUUACAAAUAUAACUACACCAAUAAUGAAAUCAGUUAAUAUUGGACCACAAUCAAAUAAUUCACAUACACCAAAUAUUAUUGCAUCACCAAUGGGUAGUGUUGGAAUUACUUCACCACCAAUUGGUGGUAAUAGUAUUGUUGGAAUUAAUUCACCACAAAUAAUACCAAAUUUAUCAUCACCACCACCAUCAUCAUCAUCAUCAAUUACAUCAGUCUCAUCAACUUCACCAACCACUUUAGCUAUUAAUUCUGAAAAGAAACCAGAAGGUACAAGUGGAGUUGGAGCAUUUGGUAAUUUAGAUAGUUUUAUAACUCAAAGUUUAAAUAACUCAAUUAUUCAACAAAAAGAAUUGACAAAGAAAUUAGCAAAAGAGAAAAGACAACAAGAGAAAUUAGAUAAAAAAGCAGCUGCUAAUAGUAAAAAAGAAAAAAAAGAAAAAAAAUCAUCAUCAUCAUCGUCAUCAACAACAUCUUCAACACCUGCAACACCAUCAUCAACUUUAUCAACUUCAACUCAAUUUACUACACCACUUCCACCAACUAUGAAUAUAAAUUCACCCCCAAUCAAUUCAAUCACUACUGCUGUUACUAUACCCACUACAAAUAAUACUACUACCACCACCACCACCACAUUAUCUUCACCCACAACAGGUACUGCUGGAACAUCACCAACAAGUAGUAGUAAAAAAGAGAAAAAACAAACACCAACAAAAGAGAAAAAAGAAAAAAAAGAAAAAAAAGAAAAAGAACCAAAAGAAAAGAAAGAAAGAAAGAAAAGAGAACCAAAAGCUUCAAAAACUACAACAACAACAACAACACCAACACCAACAGUAAAUACACCUAUAACAGCAUCAACUUUAACACCAAACUUAUCAACACCACAACAAAUUUCAAUUACAACACCAAUUACAGCAUCACCAAUGCCAACUCAAAUGUUAACACAAGUACCAAUGAUAGCACCAAUUUCAAUGUCACCAGUUAUGACAAGUCCACAAUUUACACCACAAAUGCAACAACUUUAUUUACAACAACAAGCUCAACAACAAGCUCAAUUUGUUCAACAACAACAAUUUUUAAUUCAACAACAACAACAACAACUUUUACAACAAUCUCAACAACAAGCUCAACAACUUUUACAACAACAACAACAAGCUCAACAACAAUUACAACAACAACAACAAAUUCAAUCACCUCAACCUCCUCAACCACCAAAUUAA